AUGCCGUAUUCAUCACCUGACUCAAAGGCUGCUCCUACUCUUCAAAAGCAGACCGCUAUUCCUACCGGAAAUUCGGAUUAUCCUGCAAAAAUGACAAUUGGCAUUUCUAAAAAGAAGCAGCAGGAUUUGGGUGCGAGCUCGUCUCUCUCUCAUAGCAUUUCUGCUGAUGACUUGAACACUAUUUCAACCGAAAAAACAAAACCUGUAGAAAAGAAAUUGGAACCUAACAUGCCUUCUAAGCGUGAUUCUGAGCGAGAUAAUGCUUUGAAACAAUUUAAGGAUAUCUUGUCCACUUCCCCCCAACUAUCAGUCUCACCAAGGCGAAAGUCGGCUCCCGAUUUGUUCUCCCGCAGACCACCGCUCAGGGUUGAAUUGCCAAAGACCUCUGAUGACCUACCAUGUUUACUGAGGAAAAAAAGCGGCGAAAUAGUAAAAUCUUCACUGAAAAAGGGUAAAUCGGAGCCCACCACUCCCACCUUUCCCAAGUUUGUUCAUUUUAACGCCGAACUCGAACAGAUCAAACUAUUUGACGAAGCACAGAGACCACAGGCGAUAUCAGAUGUAGAAUCGGACGACGAUUUCGAUUCGACGUCGGAUACUGACGAUGAGGAUGAAGAACGUACUCUCGUCAUCAACAUCGUAAACAUGCCCCCGAUGACCACCGAACGAUUCUCAAAGAUGUUGUUUGUCGAAUCUAUAUUUUUGUCCAACGACAAGCGGAAACUUCAAGGUCGCGUUCAGGUUCAAAACAUUGCUUUCGAAAAGACCGUCAAGAUUCGAUACACUUUUGAUUCGUGGCAAUCCGUCUCGGAGGCAUCGGCCAUGUACGCCGAAAAAGUAGCUAACAGAAAUUUAACAAAUAAUUUUGACGUAUUCAUCUUUGCCAUUGAUUUGAUCGACAACUCCAGAAACUCCAUUGAUGGAAAGGUCUUGUACUUUGCUGUUCAAUACACUGUCAACGGCUGUGUCUAUUGGGAUAAUAACGGUGGACAAAAUUACCAAUCUCAAUCUUCCUUUUCAUCUAAAUGGACGGCCCUGGAAUCAUGCUCCCCACCUUCGUCAAAUGUGGCAAAACCUAUAACAAAAAAGUCAAGCCGUUAUGACAUAGGUGUUUCGUUGUACGCCGCUCAAAACGCCCGUCGAACAAUUUCCGUGUCCCCAGUAAUUUCUUACAAUCACGAUAGCUUCCGUUCAUUCUUUCCCAACAGUUGCAUCGACGGCAUGCCGGGUACAAGUGAAUCUCCAAUCGCGUUAGCUUCAUCAUGGGAUGAUUCAAAAGGAAUGAAGUCUGAAUCAUUAAAAACGUCAACACCAAUUGCCAUUCCAACGAAACCCACCGUCGGAUCGAAUACCUAUUAUGAUCUCGUCAAUCAAUAUUACUUCUAUCAAGGCUCCCCAUACGGUGUCGCCUCACCAUACGCUAGCUCACCUCCAGUGAUGACAUAA